AUGCCAAAGAUCAACAAAUCGAAUUCACAAGCAUCCAAACCAUAUGAUAAACCCAACACUUCACCCAAACAGACCAAACUGGAUUAUCCAUCUGUCCAAUCUCCAUCUCUUGUUCACUCGAAAGGAAAGAAGAGCGAAUACGAUAAAACUCUAUUGGUAACUUUAUUCCUCAAAAGUUCGAAAGAUGCCGAUUGGACCGAAUUGGGGAAAGAUAUAGGCAAGACACCGAUUCAAUGUAAAGAUGUUUGGCGAAAAGUAAUCAAAACUUCUCUCCUCACUAAUAAGCCUUGGUCGGGAGAUGGAAAAGACUGGACAAGAGAAAUGAAGAUCGCCACGUUGAUGAUCGUAUUGGAUUCAUGUAAUCCAGAUUGGGAAUGUAUCGCAGCAUCAUUUCCAGGUAGAACCAAAUCCCAACUAUACGACGUAUGGAGGAAAGUCAUCUUACCAAGACUCAAGAGGGGCGAUACCAUCGAAUAA